AUGAUUGAAAAUAUUCUGGAAACUCAUUUGGCUAUAUCAUUGCCUGUGCAAACUGUGGAACAAAAAGGAUCCAGAAAAAGAAAGGUCAGGCCUAUUGUCGAUCUAGGUGAACUUUCAUCAGAAACGGUAAUGCUGUUGCCGACAGAUUUUCAGCCAGGCAGUCGACCGGUUGGAGGCGGGGGUGGGCGAACCCCAGUUCCUUUCAAUGGUCGUAAGGAUGGGGAAGAAACUAUAUGUAAUGCUCCUCGAGUUCUGGCAGACAUCGUCACAAAAAAAGGCCAAGCGGGUGUUGAUGUAUUGGUUACGCCUACUGAGGAAAACGUUGUGGUGGUUAUGGAAGACAAUCCGAUAAAUGUUCAUCACGUGGAUAAAUAUGGUGAAAUAUUGCGAUCAGCACAUGGACACCCGUUCGCUAAUUAUUUUGAAGUGCCUAUUCAAGAUUGUGAAGAAGUAAAAAAAUCCAGAAGUAGUUGGAAACCGUGUAGUGCAGAAUAUAUUUCGGCAUUGUCGUAUUCCGACGCGACAUGGCAUACUGUACCAGUAGAAGUUUGUGAGGCACUAUAUGAAUCCAAAAAAUGGAAAAAACGUGAUACUAUAGGUGAAAAUCUUCCAGUUGGCCCUCUUGUGCUUGAGAGUGCUCCGUGUUGUUUGUAUUGUAAUGCAAAGAAAUUCAUGUAUGAAACUCCGAGUUUCUGCUGUUGCGGUGGACAGGUUGUUAUUGCAGCUAAUCAAUUUCCUGAUGAGUUAUGUCGAUUAUAUUUAUCAGAAGAGGAAGAUGCUAAACAUUUCAGGCAAUACAGCCGAAUGUAUAACAAUCUCUUUGCUUUUAGUUCUAUACGCGGCAAAACGGAGUCGAAAACAUAUAAGGGGAUAUAUGUAUUUAAAAUGCAUGGGCAAGUAUAUCAUUGUGUUCCAGAUCUUCUGCCUCAUGAUGGUAGUCCUAAAUUUUUGCAGCUCUAUUUUUAUGAUGGCCAACACGAAGUUCAGAAUCGAGUAAAUUGUUUUCCUGAAGUACGGGAGGAUAUUAUUUGUGUAUUAAUGAAAAUUACUGAAAUGAAUCCAUAUGCAAGAUUUUUCAGAUCGUUGAGGGAAAUAGAGAUAGAUGAAAACACACAGAUAGUAUUAUCUCAAAAUACUAUUUUGGAUCAACGUGUUUAUAAUGCACCUGUUUCUGAUGAAGUUGCUAUAGUAUGGCCAGAUGGUGCGUCUUCGAGUCAAAUUAGCACUCCACAUAUUAUUGUGCAUGGAAAGUCUGCCCAAACUCAUCGGAUUUGUCAUUAUUAUGGGUGCUAUGAUCCAUUACAAUACCCGUUAUUAUUCCCUUUUGGUGAAUGUGGAUGGACUCAGAAUCUUAAGAAGCGAAAUGUUGGUGGGAAAAAUCAUACAAAACAGGUUCCAGAUCCUAUUAAUUCUUGUGCAGUUCAUACCCUGCAAAAUUUCUUAGAUGAAGAAGAAUCACGGACCGUUAAACACAAGACAAGAGCUAAUAAGUAUAUCUCUCCAAGAGAAUACUAUGCCUACAUAUUACAAAUGAGGUCUACAAAUAUGCUCCUUAGAAGUGGAAGAUGUUUUCAACAAUUUGUUGUGGACAUUGUGACAGGUGGAGAGACAAAUGCUUCGAAGAUUGGACAUCUUGUUGUUUUACCUCCGUCGUUCAUUAGGUGUCCUAGAGAUCUAAAACGUCGAUAUCUAAAUGCAAUGGAAUUAGUUCAAAGAUAUGGGAAACCGGAUUUGUUUAUUACUAUGACAUGUAAUGAAAAUUGGCCCGAAAUAAAGUGUGAAUUACAACCUGGAGAGAAAGCUCAAGAUAGGCCAGAUAUAGUGGCCCGUAUAUUUCGUGCAAAAUUAUUGGCAUUAAAAAAACAAACUAAAAAAGAAAGAAUUUUUGGUGAAGUGGCAGCAAUGAUUUAUGUUGUUAAGUUUCAAAAAAGGGGAUUACCACAUGCACAUUUUUUAAUAAUACUGAAACGUGAUUUCAAGAUAAGAGGGCCAUCAGAAUAUGAUAAGUUUGUUUGUGCUGAAAUCCCAUCAUUUGAUAAUCCUCGUCUUCGUAAAUUUGUCUUGACUCAUAUGAUGCAUGGGCCUUGCGGGAAGUUGAAUCCUAAGUGUCCUUGUAUGAAAAUGGAUGGGAAAAAAUUGGUCUGCAAAAAUGGAUAUCCAAAAUAUUACAAUUUAGAAACAGCAAACAACAAAGAUGGAUAUCCUAUAUAUAGGAGAAGACAAACGGGUGAAAAAGUAAAGGUUCGAAGGGCUGAGUUAGAUAAUCAAAGGGUAUCUCCGUGUGAAGGAAUAUGGCGAAUAUUUGGUUUUGAUUUAUAUGAAAUUUUUCCUCCUGUUAUGUCGUUACCAGCGCAUCUUCCAAACAUGCAAUCCAUUGCUGUAAGACCAUUUGAAAAUCUCAGUUGGGUUGUUAGAGAUCCUAAGCGCGCACGUACACCUUUGACGGAAUACUUUGCAAUGAAUGCGACAAUUGAUGGUGGCGUUAACCUUUUAUACAAUGAUUUUUCAAAACACUACACAUGGAAUUCAAGUGUGAAAGAAUGGAAAGACCGAAAAAACGCACUCACUGUUGUUGGUAGGAUAUCGUUUGUCUUGCCUUCCGAAGGUGAACGUUAUUAUCUUCGACUAUUAUUGCUUAAUGUACAAAACUCAAAUUCGUUUACAGACUUAUGUACAGUUGACAAUUAUGUUUGUGCUACAUUUCAAGAGACUGCUAAACGGCUUGGUCUUUUGGAAAAUGAUGAUGCUGCAUCCAUUUGCCUAACUGAAGCUGCAUAG